AUGCUAAACGUCCCUUCCCAAUCGUUCCCCACCCCCAGCUCCCAGCAGCGUGUCACCUCUGGGGGGCGCAGCAAGGUGCCUCUAAAACAGGGCAGAAGUCUUAUGGAUUGGAUUCGAGUGACCAAAAGUGGAAAGGACCUAACAGGAUUAAAAGGCAGGUUGAGUGAAGUAACUGAAGAAGAACUUAAGAAACACAACAAGAAAGAUGACUGUUGGAUAUGCAUAAGAGGGUUUGUUUAUAAUGUCAGCCCAUAUAUGGAGUAUCAUCCUGGUGGAGAAGAUGAAUUAAUGAGAGCAGCAGGAUCAGAUGGUACUGACCUUUUUGAUCAGGUUCAUCGUUGGGUCAAUUAUGAAUCUAUGCUGAAAGAAUGCCUGGUUGGCAGGAUGGCAGUUAAACCAAUUGUUCCUAAAGAUCAUCGUACAGACUAUUGUGAGGAAAAGAGAGUCUUAAAUGGCAUGCUUCCUGAGAUCCAAGUGACAGAUAAACUUGCCACAGAAAAUCCUAGUUCUCCAAGUUAUGACUGGUUCCAAACAGACUCUUUAGUCACGAUUGUCAUAUAUACCAAACAAAAGGCUAUCAGUUUAGACUCAGUAAUAGUUGAUCAUCAGGAUGGAUCCUUUAGAGCAGAAACAAUUGUGAAGGAUUGUUCAUAUCUUAUACAUCUUGGGCUAAGUCAUGAGGUUCAGGAAGAUUUUUCUGUGCGAGUUGUUGAGAAUGUGGGAAAAGUAGAGAUUGUCCUUAAAAAGAGAGAGAAUACUUCCUGGAAAUGUCUUGGUCAUCCAUUGGAGAAGCAUAAUUCAUUUAUUCCAAAGAAAGAUGCAGGUAUGCUGUGCUGUUAUGUUAAUCUCAUGUUAAUGAAAUUAUUGUGCUAGUGGUAGAAUUGUACCAGAUUUUGGAAGCAUGCUUUGGGCUUAGCUAAAAGGGUCCUUGUAUCUCUCUCUGGGAUGUUUGAAAGGGACAUUGUAUCUGUGAAGGUUCUUUUUGUUUUUAUUUUUUUCAUAGAGGUUAAAUUUCAGAUUCUUCUUCCUACUGUUUAGGUAUGACAAAAUCAUUAGGUGAUAUCUUGAAUGGAAAAGCCCACUUGUGCUUAGACUGUUACCCAGCAUUCAUUCUCUCAGGACCUUUUUUCAAUAAAAGUUACGAAAACAAGUUUAUGCCUU